CCUUCUCAUAUGGACAAUUUUUCGCCGUAUGGCGAGUCACCGAGCAAUCUUUCUGUUUUUUCUCAAGGUCCUGCUGAAACUAAAUUCUUCGAUCAAGGCGACCCAAAUCAAAGUGAAGUCUGUAGCAUUAGCGCACCCACCGGAGUGAGUGCUUUUGAGUUCAGACAACCCCAAAACAAUUUCGUUACUCAGCCUCAGUCAUUACCUGCUGGAUAUGUGGGUGGUGAUUGUUUUCCCCAAUAUCCACAAAGUCUACAAUAUUUUUCUGACAUAGCAACGGGGACAGGAGUAAGGGUAUAUCAACAACAUUUCAUAGAUGCUGAAGAUUCUGCUGAUAGUGCUCAAAAACAGUAUGCAUUUUUUAAAUGGAUAAUUUUUAGUUUUUCAUAA